GACCUAGAUCUAGGCCUAGAAUCUACUACGUUAACAAAAACUAGCUAGCCGAGCACACGAUCUUUCAACACAUCUGAUCUGAUUGCUAAUUGUCUCGAAACAGUGUUCAUCAAAAUGGGUAGUAUGAAGAGCAAGCAAAAUUCGAAUGUCCAACGAGUGGAAAUUGCUGAUAGAUUUCCGCCCAAGACCAAGUCGGAUUUCAGCAAGUUGGAAACGAUGGAAAUCCUCUAUCCCAACAUCAUUGAGGACACUUGUACGGUGGGUACGAGAGGCUGCUGUCAACAUAAUGAUGAGCCACUCCCACAUUCUCGCAAUUCUCCAAACCAAGAUUACAGCAAACCAGAAACCUUGAAAAACCUCCUUCCAAACAUCACUAAGGACACUUGUACGGUGGGUACGACAGGCUUCUGUCAACAUGAUGAUGAGCCACUCCCACAUUCUCGCAAUUCUCCAAACCAAGAUUACAGCAAACCAGAGACCUUGGAAAACCUGCUUCCAAACAUCACCGAGGACACUUGUACGGUGGGUACGAGAGGCUGCUGUCAACAUAAUGAUGAGCCACUCCCACAUUCUCGCAAUUCCCCAAACCAAGAUUACAGCAAACCAGAGACCUUGAAAAACCUGCUUCCAAACAUCACUGAGGACACUUGUACGGUGGGUACGUCAGGCUGCUGUCAACAUGAUGAUGAGCCACUCCCACAUUCUCGCAAUUCCCCAAACAAAGUUCACGACCAAUUGGAGGAUCGAAAGAGAUCAAAAAAUGUCUUCCCUGGGAAUCUGCAGAGGUCUGGAGGGUCUGAAGAUUUGCAGAGACAGGAUAAAGGUUUGAAAAGAUCCAAGACUUUCAAUUCUGAGGGUCUCCAGACACCAAACGAGCUCUACUAUCAGUAUUUCAGUGACUUGACCCAUCAUGCCUUUGAGGGCACACAAGGAAUCAAUCCUGUCCUCCAGAAGGGUCUCCAGGCAAUCAUUCUUCAAAUUUUGAUGUUCAUGAAAAUCGCUGGGAAAUUUCCUCAUGCUGUAAUUUCCAUGGCUAUCCUUACCCUAAUCCCGGUCGCAUGUGCAGCAGUUCAAGUGCAUAUCAAUUGCACGAGUGGAGCCGUGAUUACAUCUCCAAAUUAUCCAACCAUGUACCAGCUAUAUGAGCGCAAAGAAUGGAAUGUCAAUGCACUGGAAGGAAGAAGGAUCCUUCUGACCUUCAAUCACUUCAGUCUAGGGGCUUCAGAUAAAGUCGAGGUCAUAGACCCUGCUGAUGAUCAAAAUAGACAGUGCUACAGUGGAGAGGAAAUCACCAUCCCUCCAUUUAUGUCUAGGAACAACAGCUUGAUUUUGAGAUUAACAUCAAAUGGAAACCCAACAGGGAAUGGAUUCAACAUUUCUGCCUCAUGCUACAAACUGCCAGCGUCUUUUGGCUUCUGUAAUCAGACGGAUGACGUCAUGAAUGGAUCAUGGGAUUCUAACAUCACGUGGGUUGGUUCCAUUGUUCAUCUCACAUGUGAUGAUGGAUACAGGCUUAAUGGUAGUGGAACACUGCAGUGCGCAACAGGGGUGUCUCCAAACCUUCCUGUCUGGAACGGUUCAACUCCAACAUGUGAAAUGAUUACAGACACUCUCCCAGUGACUAGUGGACCGGAUAAUGCUGGUAUAGCCAUUUCAUCAUCUAUGACCGCUCUCUACAUGUGCAUCAUAUGUGCUGCUGUUGUUCAUCUGAUGCAGCUUCAGUGACUGGUGAUGGAACCACCAGUGACUGGGAUGGAAUAAUACUACCUGAAGUAUUGCAUCUGCUGCACUUUUCUACUGGCCGGAU